CCCAGGGGAGGUGUGUCCCGGUAUGGAUAUCCGGAACAACCUCACCAGGUUGCAUGAGCUGGAGAACUGCUCGGUCAUCGAGGGCCACUUGCAGAUACUCCUGAUGUUCAAAACGAAGCCGGAAGACUUCCGAGACCUCAGUUUCCCCAAGCUCAUCAUGAUCACCGAUUACCUGCUGCUCUUCCGGGUCUACGGACUGGAGAGCCUGAAGGACUUGUUCCCCAACCUCACGGUCAUCCGGGGCUCGCGGCUCUUCUUCAACUAUGCGCUGGUCAUCUUCGAGAUGGUUCACCUGAAGGAGCUCGGCCUCUACAGCCUGAUGAAUAUCACCCGGGGUUCCGUCCGCAUCGAGAAAAACAAUGAGCUCUGCUACUUGGCCACCAUCGACUGGUCCCGGAUCCUGGACUCUGUGGAGGAUAACUACAUCGUGCUGAACAAGGAUGACAAUGAGGAGUGCGGGGACAUCUGUCCGGGCACCGCGAAGGGCAAGACCAACUGCCCCGCCACCGUCAUCAACGGGCAGUUUGUUGAGCGCUGUUGGACGCACAGUCAUUGCCAGAAAGUCUGCCCGACCAUCUGUAAGUCACAUGGCUGUACCGCCGAGGGCCUUUGCUGCCACAGCGAGUGCUUGGGGAACUGCUCCGAGCCUGAUGACCCCACCAAGUGCGUGGCCUGCCGCAACUUCUACCUGGACGGCAGGUGUGUGGAGACCUGCCCACCCCCAUACUACCACUUCCAGGACUGGCGCUGCGUGAACUUCAGCUUCUGCCAGGAUCUGCACAACAAAUGCAAGAACUCACGGCGGCAGAACUGUCCCCUUUAUGUCAUUCACAACAACAAGUGUAUCCCUGAGUGCCCUUCUGGGUACACGAUGAACUCCAGCAACCUGAUGUGCACCCCCUGCCUGGGCCCCUGUCCCAAGGUCUGCCCCAUCCCGGAAGGUGAGAAGACCAUCGACUCAGUGACGUCGGCCCAGGAGCUCCGAGGAUGCACCGUCAUCAACGGCAGCCUGAUCAUCAACGUCCGAGGAGGCAACAACCUGGCAGCUGAGCUAGAAGCCAACCUCGGCCUCAUUGAAGAAAUUUCGGGGUAUCUAAAAAUUCGCCGAUCCUACGCACUGGUGUCACUUUCUUUCUUCCGGAAGUUACGUCUGAUUCGAGGAGAGACCUUAGAAAUCGGGAACUACUCCUUCUAUGCCCUGGACAACCAAAACCUGAGGCAGCUCUGGGACUGGAGCAAGCACAACCUCACCAUCACGCAGGGCAAGCUCUUCUUCCACUACAACCCUAAGCUCUGUUUGUCGGAAAUCCACAAGAUGGAAGAAGUUUCCGGAACCAAGGGGCGACAGGAGAGAAACGACAUCGCCCUGAAGACCAAUGGGGACCAGGCAUCCUGUGAAAAUGAAUUACUUAAAUUUUCUUCCAUCCGGACAACGUCUGACAAGAUCUUGCUGAAAUGGGAGCCGUACUGGCCCCCAGACUUCCGAGACCUCUUGGGGUUCAUGCUGUUCUACAAAGAGGCCCCUUAUCAGAACGUUACGGAAUUCGACGGGCAAGACGCAUGUGGCUCCAACAGCUGGACUGUGGUGGACAUUGAUCCACCCCAGAGGUCCAACGACCCCAAGUCACAGAACCACCCUGGGUGGCUGAUGAGGGGUCUCAAACCCUGGACCCAGUAUGCCAUCUUUGUCAAGACCUUGGUCACCUUUUCUGAUGAACGCCGGACCUACGGGGCCAAGAGUGACAUCAUUUAUGUCCAGACAGAUGCCACCAAUCCCUCCGUCCCCCUGGACCCAAUCUCGGUGUCUAAUUCCUCCUCUCAGAUUAUUUUGAAAUGGAAGCCCCCCUCCGACCCCAAUGGCAACAUCACCCACUACUUAGUCUUCUGGGAGAGGCAGGAGGAAGACAGUGAGCUGUACGAGUUGGAUUAUUGCCUCAAAGGGCUGAAGCUGCCCUCCCGCACCUGGUCUCCACCAUUUGAGUCUGAGGAUUCCCAGAAACACAAUCAGAGUGAAUAUGAGGAGUCCGCUGGUGAAUGUUGCUCCUGCCCAAAGACCGACUCCCAGAUUCUGAAGGAGCUGGAGGAGUCCUCAUUCAGGAAGACGUUUGAGGAUUAUCUGCACAAUGUGGUGUUUGUCCCCAGAGAAACCUCUCCAGGCACAGGUGCCGAGGACACUAGGCCAUCUCGGAAACGCAGGUCCCUUGGCGCCAUUGGGAACGUAACUGCAGCUGCCCCCACGGUCGCAGCCUUCCUCAACACCACCUCAACCAGCGUGCCCACCAGCCCCGAGGAGCACCGGCCUUUCGAAAAAGUGGUGAACAAAGAGUCGCUGGUCAUCUCCGGCCUGCGCCACUUCACAGGCUAUCGCAUCGAGCUGCAGGCCUGCAACCAGGACACUCCUGAGGAGCGGUGUAGUGUGGCAGCCUAUGUCAGCGCCAGGACCAUGCCCGAAGCCAAGGCAGAUGAUAUUGUCGGCCCCGUGACCCACGAGGUCUUCGAGAACAACAUUGUUCACUUGAUGUGGCAGGAGCCGAAGGAACCCAACGGCCUGAUCGUGCUGUACGAAGUGAGUUACCGGCGAUAUGGCGAUGAGGAACUGCACCUCUGCGUCUCUCGCAAGCAUUACGCUCUGGAGCGGGGCUGCCGGCUGCGUGGGCUGUCGCCGGGGAACUACAGCGUGCGGGUCCGGGCCACCUCCCUGGCGGGCAAUGGCUCCUGGACAGAAGCCACUUAUUUCUAUGUGACAGACUAUUUAGACGUCCCAUCAAAUAUUGCAAAAAUUAUCAUCGGCCCCCUCAUCUUUGUCUUCCUCUUCAGUGUUGUGAUUGGAAGUAUUUAUCUAUUCUUGAGAAAACGGCAGCCGGAUGGGCCUCUGGGACCGCUGUAUGCAUCUUCAAACCCUGAGUACCUCAGUGCCAGUGAUGUGUUUCCGUGCUCUGUGUACGUGCCGGACGAGUGGGAGGUGCCCCGAGAGAAGAUCACCCUCCUCCGAGAGCUGGGCCAGGGCUCCUUUGGCAUGGUGUACGAGGGCAACGCCAAGGACAUCGUCAAGGGUGAGCCGGAGACCCGGGUGGCGGUGAAGACAGUCAACGAGUCGGCCAGUCUCCGAGAGCGGAUCGAGUUCCUCAAUGAGGCAUCGGUCAUGAAGGGCUUCACCUGCCAUCAUGUGGUGCGCCUCCUGGGGGUGGUGUCCAAGGGCCAGCCGACACUGGUGGUGAUGGAGCUGAUGGCCCACGGGGACCUGAAAAGCUACCUCCGUUCCCUGCGGCCAGAGGCUGAGAACAAUCCCGGCCGCCCUCCCCCAACCCUGCAAGAGAUGAUCCAGAUGGCAGCAGAGAUUGCAGAUGGGAUGGCAUACCUGAAUGCCAAGAAGUUUGUGCAUCGAGACCUGGCGGCCAGGAACUGCAUGGUGGCCCAUGAUUUUACUGUCAAGAUUGGAGACUUUGGAAUGACCAGAGACAUCUAUGAAACGGAUUACUACCGGAAAGGGGGCAAGGGACUGCUCCCCGUAAGGUGGAUGGCACCAGAAUCCCUGAAGGAUGGGGUCUUUACCACUUCUUCCGAUAUGUGGUCCUUUGGCGUGGUCCUUUGGGAAAUCACCAGCCUGGCCGAACAGCCUUACCAGGGCCUGUCUAAUGAGCAGGUGUUGAAAUUUGUCAUGGAUGGAGGGUAUCUGGAUCAACCUGACAACUGUCCAGAGAGAGUCACCGACCUGAUGCGCAUGUGCUGGCAGUUCAACCCCAAGAUGCGGCCGACCUUCCUAGACAUCGUCAACCUGCUCAAGGACGACCUGCACCCCAGCUUCCCGGAAGUUUCCUUCUUCCAUAGCGAUGAGAACAAGGCUCCCGAGGCCGAGGAGCUGGAGAUGGAGUUCGAGGACAUGGAGAGUGUCCCUCUGGACCGGUCCUCACACUGUCAGAGGGAGGAGGCGGGGGGCCGGGAGGGGGGGUCCUCGCUGGGCCUCAAGCGGAACUACGAGGAGCACAUCCCUUACACCCACAUGAACGGGGGCAAGAAGAACGGGCGGAUCCUGACCCUGCCUCGGUCCAACCCCUCCUAACAGUGCCUGCUGGGGGAAGGGGUUCCAUCUUCACUCUCCCCUGGUUUGGAAGCCUUCAGAAAACUCAGGAUUCUCACGACUCGACCGCGGUGUCCAGCAGAGCUCAGAGAUUGCUCCUGUACAUUUCUGCCAUCAUCUGACUCAGCACACACGUGUCUGGUUGCCAAGUUGACUAGCCAUCAGAGGACUUAACUGUGAACCUAGUGGGGAAGGGGGUUUCCACAGCUGCUGCCUUUUGGGCAACUACAUUUUCAAACCAGGAUUUUUUUUUCUCUCCUAGUAGUUUGAAAGAGAGCACCUGUUUUUACAAAUUUUUUUUUUCUUUUUUGCUGGUGUCUGAGCUACAGUGUAAAAGAUAGAACUUCUUGUUUGUGGAACAAAAAUUUGAAAGAAAAAAAAAACUAACCUUGUGGGCAGAGAAUUCCAAGCUUUACAGGGUGGGCUUCAGAAAAGUUUGUUUUUUUCCUCAUCCAGGCUGAAGGAUUUUUUUUCUUCUUUCCAAAAUCAGUUCCUCAAAUUGACCAAUAGCUGCUGCUUUCAUACUUUGGAUAAGGGUCUGAGUCCCAGCGUGUGCUCACGUGUGUACGCGUGUGUGUCCUGUAGACACGGCUGGUGUGUGUGCGCGUGUGCAAAGCAUCCCUCCUGGGCUGAUGCUCUGGGAACUGGUUCUUGAAGGUUCUGCUGUUCUCAAGUGUGCGAGCUCGUGUUCUUUCCUUCCUUCUUAUUGACUGGGAGACUGUGUCCUCGACAAGUUCUUGUGUCAGAAGUCCAGCCUCAGGUUUCUUCCCUCCCUUCAUGUUGGUGAAAAAAAAAAUGCCUUCCGGGAGCCAAGGGAGGAGCAUUUUUAGUUUGGAGUGAUUGUGGAUCUUUUCAAGACCAAACAAAGCCAGGACACUUAAAAAAAAAAAAAAAAAAAAAAAAGAAAGAAAAAAGAAAAGAAAAAAAAAAAGAAACUCAGAUUACAUAGAGUUUUGAGAAUAUAUUUGUAACAUAUUUAAUUUUAAAAAA